GUCAAAUUUAGCAAAGUUUGACUCGAUAUGUGAUAUGUUCAUUUAUUUUGGGAAGGAAGGAGAAAUCACCUAGCGAUAUAUACUUAGCAGCUCACGAUACGAAACUCGAUUAAAUAUCAAGGGAUUUAGUAAAAAGUUGUGAGAAAUCUAGGCAUGCAUUUUUUCUAGGAUAAUAAUUUUAAAACUUGCGUACAUGUGUCUCCAGAAAUGUUCAUAAAUAAAGUUGCAUGAUUUUUCCUUGUCUUCAAGAAUGUUUUUGUUGUGGGCCUAAGCAUGAACUUCCGAUCUCAUUUGGUAACAUUUUGUUCAUCUUUUUUUUUCGCCAACUUCCAUUCCAAUGUUAUAAGCGUGUUUGCUUGAACUUAUCUAUCGAAUCAUUAUUUUUCUCUCACAACAAAUCAACAAACAGUGUUUUUAUUCAUAACUUUUCAGUCAAGCGAAUAAACUCAUAUGCGUGCUUUAGAUGUGCCUAAUUGCGGCUUCUCAAUUUUACAGUUUUUUUUUACUUUGUCCCUGCACAUGGCCAAAUCUUGAUAUUAUAUGGCAUUAUAAGCCAAAAAUAAAACACACUUUUUUUUGAGAGAGAGCAAAAAACAAAACACACUCAUCCAGUCAUUUGGAGGCCCAGAACGCUAAAUAUUGCUAAAACCCUAGUAGUGGUGAACCUGGAAAAGCUGCAUCCCUUCCUGUUCCACUCUCAGCCCCGCCCUCCGCCGGCAACUGGAGAUUGGAGAACCCUACACGCCCCCGUAUCGCGUCGGCGUCCUGCGGCGUCGCCCUCUUCCUCUUCCCCACUCCCACUGGUUCCUCUUCCUGACCUCUCGAGAUCACUCUGCCCAAGGUGCCUGAUCCCCCGGCGAAGCGACAGGGAAUGUUGAAGACUGCUUCUGUGAGACUGUUGCGAGAUGGCCGUUUCCGGCCGUCACAAGGACUGCUGUCUGGGUAUUCAGAAACUGUGGCCCCUUUGAUUCAGAGUUUUUACUCGACGUCCAUUGAGGGGAUCACUAGCAUCAAAGCUGAUGGCGAGGUCUUAUAUCAGGAUGCCACUACUCUGCCCCGUGACAACUCUGGCUCUGGUGGUGAUCCCAGGCAUGGCAGCAGGCCAGUGACGAAACGGUUCAAGAAUUAUGGCCCCAAUAAGCGACAAGGAUCUUCUCAGAAGGGUUACCGUCAUGAAACGAAACUGCCAGGCACUGGCAUUGAUGGAUUUUCUCAGAAGGGCGGCCACCAUGGAACGAAAUUGCCAGGCAGGGACGGAUCUUUUCAGAAGGGAAUUCAUCAUGAGAAGAAAUUGCCAGACACAGGCUUCAAACCUUUUCUUUUCCAGACUGUGUUGGAUGCUUCUACGAGUGCUCUUGUGCCUAUACUUGACACAUGGCUGAAAGCCGGUAACCGUCUGGAAAGUGAUCAAGUCAAUAUGGCUUUGUUCCAUCUGAGGAAGCAGAGAAUGUAUAACAAGGCCCUGAAGUUCAUGGAGUGGAUUGACAGAAGAAAACUAUUAAAUUUUGAAGAACGUGAUUAUGCUAGCCAUCUUGAUUUGGUAGCACGGAACCAUGGUAUUGAAGCUGCAGAAAAGUACAUCGAGAGGGUCCCAGAAGCCUUCAGGAGUGAGGUGCUUUAUGAAACUCUGCUUGUUAACUGUGUGUGCCGUGAUGAUGCCCAGAAGGCAGAGCAAGUCUUCAAUGAAAUAAGGGAACUCUCUUUGCCUUUAACUGUCUCUGCUUGCAACCAAAUGUUAUUGCUGUACAAGAGGGUUUCUCGCAAUAAGGUGGUUGACAUUCUCAAGUUGAUGGAAAACGAAAAUAUAAAGCCUUCUCUAUUCACUUACAAGCUCAUGAUUGACUUGAAAGGGCGAUCAAAUGACACAUUAGGCAUGGAAUCAGUCUUAAAUUUGAUGAAAGAAAAUGGUUUUGAGCCAGACUUUGGCAUCCAGACUAUGGUUGCUAAAUUCUACAUAUCUGGGGACCUUGCAGAGAAAGCAGAAGAGGUUACCAAUGCUAUGGAGGUAUAUGUAAAUGCUAAUCGUCAUGCCAUCAGGUCCCUUCUUGACCUCUAUGCUAUUCUUGGAAGGCCAGAUGAUGUAGAGAGAAUAUGGAACUUGUGCACUGAACCGAAGUUGGAGGACUUCUUGGCUGCAAUUAAGGCAUGGGGUAAACUUGGACAUAUCGAAAGAGCGGAAGAGACAUUUGACGCAUUGGUAAAGACAUCACCGAAGCUCACUUCCAAGUACUUUAAUGCUAUGUUGUACGUGUAUGCGGAAAAUGAACUUCUGGACAAAGGGAAAAAAUUUAUAGAAAGGAUGUCUUUGGAUGGGUGUCCAAGCAGCCCUCUUACCUGGGAUGCAGUUGUCAAGCUUUAUGUGAAUUCAGGUGAGUUGGCAAAGGCCGACUCGUUUCUGGCGAAUGUCACAGAAGAUAAUCCUGACAGAUAUCCCCUUUUCCGCUCAUAUGUAAUCUUACUGAAGGCAUUCGCAGAAAAGGGCGAUAUCCAUAAUGCAGAGAAGAUAUUUAAUAGGCUAAAGCAGACCAGCUACCCUGCGAGAACUCUGCCUUAUAAUUUGUUACUUGCAGCUUAUGCCAAUGCCCAGGUUACGCCCUAUGGGUUCAGAGAGAGGAUGAAAGCUGACAAGUACAGCCCGAGCAAGAGUCAGAUUGAACGAUUGAACCGUCUCGACAGCUUGUAGAAAGCAGGCAAAUCCAGAGUGAUUGUCUUCUUUUUCACCCCUUUGCCGUGACCACAUGGAACAUUUUUCACGCAAAGCAGUUAGACUGAAAUAGAAUAAUCUACUAGGCUGCCUUUGUUCUCCCAGCAUGAAUUUUGUGCACCUUGGUCUGCAUGUUUUGCAGGAUGAUCAGAGUUUUUAGGCAAGUUGCUUAGCCGAACGUGGACACUUCUGAUGGUAUAUCUGAUUAGCUUCGUACUCCUAGCCAGUAAUACAUUAAGGGAAAUGAAAACAAGUAUUUAUUUUAGGAUGAUUUUUCACUUUGGGAUGAGAACCCUGCUGAUGAAAUACAGUUUCUCAGUCACUAGGGUGUUACAUUAGUUUGUAGUCCCUGCUGAUGAAAUGGAAACAAGUACUUUUUAAAGAUACUUCUCUAGCCUUUAGAGUAGUUGAGACUCUUGCAUGUAAUUCGAAUUCUAUCACCGCCGUCCAUACGACCUGUCGGUUUGGAAGGGGUAACUUAACCUUUCUCA